AUGACCAAUUUCGUUCUGCUAGCCGCAUCGCUCCUUCUUAAUUCAUGUUCAGCGCAAGAAUCGAAUGACACAUCUUUGGAAAAAUGUCAAGGCCCCAUCAACAGUAUCGCCAACGGCGACCAGUACUCCAACUCGACCGGAACAGCCCGCCUACCCUCAAACCCAAUACACGAUGAUGACUGGUACGUCAGCGUCACCAUCACCGAUAGACGCGAUCCGAAUCACAUCUACGGGACCGAAAUGCCCUGGCAAGAGAGAGAAGCGUUUAUAAGUGUUCCUGAUUCGCUGGCUGGAAGUCAAGAUGGUAAUCAGACCGAGUACUGCGUCUACGAACUCCCGGGCCAAGAUGCCUCUUCGCAGCAGGAAGCUGGAGAUUGCAGCGGUGUGCUGAGCGACGACUGCAUUGACGCCUUGAUGAAGAAUACGCCGGUCAUGUCGGAUGGCCAAUGUUAUAAGCCAGAGAAUGUCGAAGACGCCUGUGGAAUGGUUGCGUCGCAGCCAGUUGGUCAGUUUAUUCCGCUCUUACUCCGUUCAGCGACAGCGUCUUUGCGGCUUGCUGGUCUGUUCAUACAUCGGACGUGUACUGACGUCGUGAAAAGUACCGAGUGCAGUUUGUCCGAGAUGCCACAUGUCGAUAUACCGGACAAUUAUCGCACCUACUACGCCCACUACGUGCCUGUAUCUGAAGGCGGGGGUGGUUACGAGAACUUCGACCUUUACGAUAGGCACGUUCGCGAAGCAGUGCCCAUGGUCUUCACCAUCAAGUCUCCGGGUGGUACCAUCGCCCACAAGGCUGUUUGUGUAGCACCAAACAAUGUCGUUGACGGUAGCCGUGUUCCAGAGUCUGCUGCUGCUCAGUUGUCCUCCGGGGCUUCACUGGUAGCAGCUCUUACUGUUAUGGCUUUUGUAUCUGUUCUUUCCAUAGCCUGA